AGAAGCUGCAUUAAUAUAGGUAGCGGUGAGUGGAUUAAUUAGAGGGGAUGGGCAUGGUGGCAAGGAGCAUUAGCAGUAGCAAAUUGCCAAGCUUCAGGCUGAGGCGGGGAGCACCGAGGUCGCCGAGCAUGAAAUCAACCCCCAUGAUCUCAAGCACCGUGGAAGCCGCCGAUGAUGUAGAAGAAGAGAAUUCCUUGGACCCGGCCGGCGGAUCAUCAGAGAAGCAGCAGGUGCUAGGCCGGAAGAUCAUGAUCGUCGUAGACUCGAGCAGAGGGUCAAAAGUUGCAUUGCAGUGGGCGCUAACACACACCGCACAGAGCCAAGACACCAUUCUCCUCCUCAACGUCGUCAAGCCCUCCUCUUCAUCCUCCUCCGCAUCCAACAUUAACAAUUAUGUCUCCCAUGGCCCCGAUGGAGCGGAGAUGACUGACCCCGGAAGCUACGAUCUCCUCUGUGCCAUGAAGAGGAUUUCCCAGCAGAAGAAAUCCGAGGUGAAAGUGGAGAUAUGCUUGGUGGAGGGGAAGGAGAAGGGACCGGUAAUCGUGGAGGCGGCAAAGAAACAAGGAGCAGCGCUUUUGGUGCUAGCGAGCCGGAAGAGGAGGCCUAUGAUGAUCACCAUGUGGAGGCUGCUGAUGGCGUGGCGUAGCCGUGGCAGAAGUAGCAGAUCAGCCGUGGUGGAUUACUGUAUAAAGAAUGCCAGUUGCAUGGCUGUGGGAGUGAGAAGGCGAGGGAGGAGGGCUGGUGGGGGUUACUUGAUUACAACUAGGAAGCACAAGGAUUUCUGGCUUCUCGCUUGAUCCAUCAUAUUAAUUAACUACUACUUCUACUGCAAUUAUCUCUUA